AUGAUGUAUUAUUACUACUUCAUUCUAGCUUUCAUCUCUAGUCAUUUCAUCUCUGGUGCCUUUGGUACUGCUCCAAACUGUGAGUAUAAUGGUACCAAUUACAUAUGGUCAGUUUGUCAACCAAAUUUGCAAUGCAACUCACUUCUUGGAGCCACGAAUAUUGUUUCAUGUCAAAAGCCAACAACAGGAACACCACAAAACACUGGUUUGCUAAGCAGUGGAGUAUGGGCAGACUCUCCUGGUGGUGGAGGAGCUGUCGUCAACUACAAGUCAGGCACAGCUCCAUGCAAAUCUUCUGGUAAAGUUAGACAAACCAAUGUCUUUUUUACUUGUGCUCCUGGCCAACUUGAUAAGGUUGUGGCAGCUGACGAAUCGGCCACAAAAUGUGUUUAUGAAGUAUUUAUGUCUGGAAAAUCUGCAUGUGCCUCAUCAUCUUCGUCAUCAUCGUCAGGGUCAGAUGUCACAUGUACAUUGAGUCGUUCAGGUAAACUCAAGGUCCAGUAUCCAGGUGACACUCCAAUCAAUUGUACCUCUCAAGGUGUCAGUGAGUGUAAUGCACCAGGCGGAUUCCAAUGUCUAGGUCUCUUGAGCUCCUCAUCUACCAGAUGUUCAGCUCCAAACGAAAUUGUUUGUCAAGCUUCAUCUAUUGUCUGUCGUGCUGGUGGAAUGUCCUGCUCCAUUGAGGGUGGUCAAUUGAGUAUCAGACCCGAUACAGUAGUAGUUCCAGGUGGUGACAAUUCACAAUCUGAUUCCAAAACUAGUAAUUCUUCCUCUACCUCGACAUCAUUCUCUCUUUUCACCAUCCUCCUCUCAUUAUCCAUUAUUGCCAUUUUAAUUUAG